GAGCCUCAACUCCUUUUUGCCUCAGAAUGAAGACACAUCUGGUUUUCUUGAUACAUCUGAUGCAUUCACAUCUCAAGUUAUGAGCACUAGCACAGAUGACAUGGCUUUUUCAGAUUCAAAUACACUUGAUUAUACAAACAGUGGCACAUUGACGGACAUUGAGAAUUUUGAAACACCAUCAAUUGAUAUAGGGAGCUCUUUUAUUGAAGGACAGCCAUUUGGAGAAAAAAUACAAGGAGAAAGAGGAGAUUCAAUUCAAAAACCUUCAGUGAAUUUGAAUGAAGAUACUCUAGAUAUUUUUGGUUCAUCGGAUUCAAACAUUGAGGUAAACUCAUAUGGAAACACCCUGACUGAAAUCCACAAAAAUGAAGCCAGUGUUUCCUCAGGAAUGACUGAUGAUCCCUCUGGUAAGGACAAUUUAUCAGUACAAUCAAUGGAUAUCUUUGGAGGAGACAAUAUGCUCACUGUCUCUGAUCAAAUGUCCACGAAUAAUUUCUUUGAAAUUAUGACAAACAGCAAGUCUCAAAGUCAAAACCCUUUUGAGGGAAUUACAGAUGGUCAAUUGGGACCAAAUGGAGUUUUUGACUUGAUAAGUUCUGAAGAUGACCCAUCAACACAGAAAAGGUCUGAACUUGGACAGGGAAUUCUAAUUCAAAGUGAGGUUAAUGUUUUCGAAAGUAAAGGCAAUCCAUCAACCUCUAAUGUACUUGAUCAAAACCUUUCCGGCCAAGAGCUAAUUGAGUCAUCUCAAACAGAGGCUUUUGAUUUCUUCAGCUCUGAGCAAGAUCCACCCAGAGCAGCAUUCAGUCAAAUAAGUGCCGAUCCAUUCCCAGAUGACAUCUUUGCAAGUGCUAUUAACGGCCCAAGCACAAAUACAUUCAGUGUGGAGACAAUGCAAAGAACUGCAAACCCAUUUGACGAUUUCACCGGUUUAGAGAGUGACGAACCAGCACAGGACACUUCCACCCUGAUAGAUUCAACAAACACUGAUACAAAUGGUGUGCAGCCACAAAAGCUCGAAAAUGAUUGGAUGUCUGACCUUUUGGGGUAGUAUCGUUGCCACAGUUCAGAGAAAAUAUAAAAAUAUUUCAAUUAAAUAAGCAGUUAUAUUAAUUUGCCUUUGCUGUACUAUUCUGUAUAAUUCACAAACUUUAUUUCUAACAUUUGAUUGAUUGACUGACUGAUUGAUUGAUUGAUUAAUCAAUGUGUAUUUAAGUUAAAGUAUUCAUGUAUAAUGUGGUGUAACUUUUUUAUUUCUAAAUAAUUAAUCAAUGUAUAUUAAGUUAACAUGUAAUGUGGGGUUACUUUAAAAGUUUUUAGAUACACAAAAUGUUGAAGUAUUUGACAAUUGCUGCAUUGUGAUUCUACAAAAGUUGUUCAGUUAAAUCAGUCUCAGAUUACUUUUAUUAUAUCAAGCAACCUGUUUUAAUGACUACAGUUAUCUGACAGGGGAAAAAGAAAUUGAUUUAUUAGGCAAAGUUCACUUCAAUAAUCCCUGUAGUCAUCAUAUAAUCCAUAUAUAUUUGUGUACAAAAAGUUAUUGUUGAUCAUGAAACAAUGUAAUGAUAACUGUGUUCUUCAAAGACUAACUGGUCUUAAUAAAUAAUAAAACAACAAUUCACAUGA